AGUAUCAUUCACAGUAUUAAUCCAGUCUGCACGUGCGCUCUGAGGGCUGCACACGUUCUCACUAGAGACUUCUCCUAGUUUGCAUUCAAGUUCAGCCCUGGUUUAUGUCCAUUGUUAUUACAAACAUCACAGUACGGAAUGGCCUGGAGUCGCGUCAACAGCCGCUGGGCUCGGCGUGCCGGAGUCGCGAGCUGCUGCUACUGCCGACACCCCGCACCCGCGCCACGUGCGCGCCACCACCUUCCGGCCACAGCACCCGCUGGCGCCAUUCGCAGUCGACUGGCCUCGCGGCUUGCAAUUCAACCAGCAACUGGAGGCGGCCUGGCAGAAAUUACAGAACUCUGAGACUCGGAGAGACAGCCGUCAUCCGUCAACGUCCGGCGCCCGUCAACGUCGCGAUGACAGCGGUGCCGUCAGCCCGACAGCUCUUAAGCAACUUUACGAAACCACUUUCCACCAACGACAUACACCCACAGAAGCACAGCGACACACAAAGCUCCGGCUCCCCAGCCACCCCGCGAUCCCCAACGGCCCCGGCCUGUGAUCCCUUUCUGCCGCUGGCCGCUCUCCCCAACUUAGCUCUCCACCUUCCUUAUCUCCCCUUCCCCGCCACCAGUCCCAAGGAACAUUCUCAGUUCCUGACGUCCACAAGAUCUCUCAGAGGCUUCGAAUAAGAGUGUUCAUUUCACACGUACGCCAUUCUCACCCAGCAAGCGGCGUAACCCUUCGCAACCCGCAGCAGCCGUUCAACUACCCCAGCACGCUUCUGGUCAUCAGACAGCAGAGCAGCAGCCAUGAAGCCACGAACCGUGCUCACCAGCAUCCUCCUCAUGGCCUUCCUGAGGGCUGCUACUGCCGCCGCCGCUGCUGCCACCAGCGCGGCUGCUACUGCCGCCGCCGGCAGCACCGGCGGCGCAACCAAGCUACAGCCGCUGCCGCAUCAGCAGCCAUCGUGGCAGCGGCGGCUGCAGCAGCUACUGCCGGAGGCCGACCCGGCGGCUGUGACGGCCGCUGCUGAUGCCGUAGCCGCGCCCGCACCCGUACCUGCUACAGCCGAGGCGGCGCCGACUGCUGACGCCACAGCAGCAGCCGACAGCACCACGCCCACGCCCGCAGUGGCGGCGGCGGACCCCGCGCCGCUGGCCGCUGCUGCUGCUGACGGCGCCGCCGCCGCCAGCGCCACGGACGCUGCUACUGCCGACCCGAGCGCGGCGGCAGCUGCUACAGCCGAUCCUGCCACCGACACGACUGCCGUGCCGGCGGACAUUGCCGCUGCCGCUGACACCGCCGCAGUCCCCGACACCACCCCAGCCACGGACAGCACACCCGCCGCCGCCACUGGCGCCGCCGACGGGACAGCAGCGCCGGCGGACACACCCGCGGCCCCCGCCGCAAACGCCACCACCGCCGCCGCCACCCCCACCGCCGCUCCCUCUCCCUCUUCCACCGCCGCCUGCCGCAACUACACCUACACGGGUGCCGCCGGCGCUGCGCCGUCGCCCGCCUCGCAGCCGCUGCUGGCGCCGGUGGCGGUGCCGGCGGCGGACUGGCCCGCGGGCUCUGCUGUGGGGUCGGUGGAGGUGGCUGGGCUGCAGCUGACACACCCGCGCAUUGGCGCCCUCAAGAUUUCUCUGGUUGCCCCUGCCGCCGCCAAUGCCUCCGACUCCACCCCCGCCUCCGCCUUCGAUGAGCCCGCCGGCGUGUCUGUGCUCCUCAAGGAUAUCCGGGCGGGGGGCGCGGGUGCAAACCUGGAGGGUGUCAGCUUCACCGACACGGCUGCCUCGGCCUUCCCCGCCGCCGCCACCGCCGCCCCCUACACCGGCACGUGGCAGCCCGCUGAGGGCCUGAGUGCCGCCCUGCUGCUGGGGGGCAACACCACCACCACCACCGCCGCCGCCGCCGCCGCCGGCACCUGGACCCUGCGAGUUGUGGACCUUGGACAGGACCGCGACAGCCGCACCAUUCAGCUGACCCAGUGGACACUGGUGCUCUGCCCCGCCGCCGCCAACACCACCACCCCCACCACCCCCAUCGUCAUCACCACCCCUGGCGCCGCCGCUGCCGCCAACACCACCAGCACCCCCAACACCGACACCCCCGCGAGCACCCGCGCCAGCGGCGGCGGCGGCGGUGGCCUGCUCGGCGGCGGCGGCCUCAUUCGUGGCGGCGCCGCCGGCGGCCUGCUGCGAGGAGAGGGCGCCAACGGCAAUGCUACAGCCGCCGCCGCCGCCGCCGGCAGUAGCAGCGCCGCCACGCCAGGCCUGCUGGAGCAGUUCCUGGAGCGUCUGAACCGGGCGCCGGACACCAACGCCACCUCCCCCACCAACGCCAACGCAACUGCCGCCGACCAGACCACCUCUGACGCCGAGGACCUUGGUCUGGUCCAGCGCCUCAUUGCCCGACUGGAGGAACUCAACGUGACCCGUAACGCCCGCGGUGGCGCCGCCGCCGCCAACGCAACCGCUACUGCCGGCGGAGGCGGAGGCCUGUUUGGCGCCGACGGUGCUACUGCCGAUGCUGCUGCCAACGGAACUGUUGCCGCUGGCGCGGCGGCGGGAGGGCUGCUGCCGUUGACUCGCCGUGGCGCUGGCGGUGGCGCUGGCGGCGGCGGCAGUGUGUGGCGGCUGGGUAACCUCACACUGACUGGCUCGCAGGAUGACGGACUGGUGGCAGACUUCCUGUCGGGCCUGAGCGAUGUGCUCUACGCCGCCGCGAACGCCAGCGACCCCUCCACAACCACCAACACCACUUCAGCCUUCCGCGAUUCCAACCCCGCCGCCGCCGGCGGCUCUUCGUCUUCCUCCUCCACUGCUGAAAGCCCCCUGGGAUCCAACAUCACAAGUAUGGCCCAGUCGGCCUUUCAAGAUCUGCUGACGCGCGGAGGCGGCAGUGGCGGCGUGCUGGGAGGCAGCGGCGCGUUCAGCCUGGACAUGGGCCAGCGCCUGAUCAGCCUGCUGCCCAAUGACGGCGCCUGGGUGAGGAAGCGGCUGCAGGCCUCAGCCGGCACGCUCGGCUCCGCCGCCGCCUCCGCCGCCGCCACCAGCCACGGCCUGCGCGAACGCGCCGCCGCAGUGGGCGACUACGGCCGCGGCUCACUGGGGGCGGCGGCCGCCUACGCCGCAGACGUGCAGAAGCUGCAGCAGGAGCUGGUGGCUGACCAGGUGGCCGCCUACGUCAAGGCGGUCAAGGCCGCCUCCUCGGUGACCUCCUCCCGCCUGCAGACCGCAGGCGCCGCCGUGCAGGGGCACGUGGACACCGCGAGGGCGGCGCUGGCGGCGGCAACACAGUCGCUCUCGGGCCUGCGCCUGCGCGGCGGCGGCUCGGCUGCUGACGCGGCGGGUCCGGCCCUGGCCUCCCUGAGCGCCGCCCUGGACAGGCUGCAUGGCGGCAUUGGAGGCGGCGGCGGCGCCCUCAGUGGCGGCGGCGGCGUUGGCGGCGGCUCGGUUGCGACUGCGGUGGUGGAUGCGUAUCAGGCGCGGCUGGGCUCGGCGCGCAACACCGCCGCCGCCGCCAGCUCCGCCUUCCGCGACGCCGCCGGCAAACGCUUCUCCAUGGCCACUGACGCCGUGGCGGCGGCCGUGGAACGCAUGCAGAGCGCCCUCGGCAACAUCGGCGGUGGCAAGGCGCUCUCGGGCGCGGGGCUGGCGCGUCUGGGCUCGGGUGCGGGGGCGCUGCGCUCCGCCCUCAACGACGCCUUGGUAAAGGCGGGGGGCGGCGGCGGGCGCGGCACGAUGGGCGCGGCGGCGCGGCAGCGGCUGGCAGACCUGGCAGGCGGCCUGGGUGGGCUGCAGGGCCGCAUCCAGGGGAUGCGUGGCAACCUCGGCUAGCUAGUGGUGAGAUUGGGUUAGUUGGUUGGUAGGGUUGGUUGGAGUGGUUGGGGUGGUUAUGGUUGGGGUUUCUGGGGGGUUUUGGAUAUGGUUAAUUUUGCUGCUUGAGAAUGUGGUACUGCUUUGAAGUAAGUUUGAACGUGGUGCGUGAUGUGCGCUUGCUUGUGUGUUGCGCAUGGGGAACGUACGUUGUCUACCCAUUCUCCCUAGCCUGCUUCGUUACGGAAGGGGUUUGUAGGUGGCUUAAUGAGGCGAAUGAAAUGAAGGCGGGGUGCUUGGGCGGGCGCCUGAAGCUGCUUGCUAGUGUGAGUUCAGGAGCUGCUGCGGGCGGGGCGAAGUACGCAACCUUGGGGCUCCCGCCGCCGCGCAAAGUGAUUCACUGCUUCAACGGGUUGCUCACCUUAUGUGAUUUGCACAAAGGGCAUCGUGACGACUACAAGGCGAUUCAAGCUUCCGCAUUACGAAAUCACGGAUUCCUGGUUUCAGUCAUUCCUGGUAUCCGGAGUCCGGCCUAGCUAGUCGUGGUGUACCCGCUUUGUACGGCCUGUACACGUAGGCACAAGUACGUGAUUCAGGAUAUGGCCCAGAGGUCUCUCUUUCUGUGUUGGUCUCCCUGAAUGUUUACGUACGCUUCUGUGGCUCAAGGUUCACGCCUUCCUGCUGUAAUCCUCUGUAAUU